AGAAAGAAAUAUGCCCAACCUAGCUAUAUAUAGAGAGUGACCAAAGAAAGAGAUACCAAAAUCAUGCCAGGAUCUAUCCGAAAACAGAAACUCAAUAGUCACCUUGAACGGGGCAUACCACCCUUGCUCCGAACUAGCAGCUACACUUUCCUUCCUCCCUCUAACCACCUCUCUUUCCCAAAUAAUAUUCCAAACACAUCAAUUUUCCUUGACAAAUACUCAUCAAGUGAAGAUGACGAUGAUGAUGACGAAAAAAAUGAAUACGUUCAAAUGAUCAAGAAAGGAAAUUCAGAAUUAGAACCAUCAAUUCAUGACACUAGAGAUGAAGGAACCGCUGAUAAUUGGAUUGAACGUAACUUUUCCUUAAUACGUCUCACUGGUAAACACCCGUUUAACUCCGAACCACCUUUGGCUCGUCUCAUGCACCAUGGUUUUAUCACACCUGUCCCACUUCAUUACGUUCGUAACCACGGUCCGGUUCCCAAGGGUUCGUGGGGUGACUGGUCCGUGGAAGUUACUGGUCUGGUCAAACGCCCUAUGAAAUUCACAAUGGAUCAGUUGGUUAACGAGUUUCCAUCCAGGGAGUUGCCAGUUACGCUUGUAUGUGCCGGUAACCGAAGGAAAGAACAGAAUAUGGUUAAACAAACCAUUGGUUUUAACUGGGGUGCUGCUGCCGUUUCAACAACUUUAUGGCGCGGAGUACCUCUCCGCGCCCUGUUGAAACGGUGCGGCGUUUAUAGUAAGAAAAAAGGGGCACUUAACGUUUGUUUCGAGGGUGCGGAUAUGUUGCCUGGAGGUGGUGGUUCCAAGUAUGGUACGAGUAUUAAGAAGGAAUUUGCUAUGGAUCCGUCAAGGGAUAUAAUUGUAGCAUACAUGCAGAAUGGAGAAAUGUUGGCACCGGACCAUGGGUUUCCUGUAAGGAUGAUAAUUCCAGGAUUCAUUGGUGGAAGAAUGGUGAAAUGGUUGAAGAGAAUUGUGGUGACUACACAAGAAUCAGAGAGCUAUUAUCAUUACAAGGAUAAUCGAGUUCUCCCUCCCCAUGUUGAUGCUGAACUUGCUAACGCUGAAGCAUGGUGGUACAAGCCAGAAUACAUCAUCAAUGAGCUGAACAUCAACUCUAUUAUUACAACGCCUAGUCAUCGAGAGAUUUUGCCUAUCAAAACGUGGACAACUCGCCAUCCUUACAUGUUGAGGGGCUACGCUUAUUCGGGUGGAGGGAACAAAGUAACACGUGUAGAAGUGACAAUGGAUGGAGGAGAAACGUGGCGUGUGCGCACACUAGAUCACUCAGAGAAGCCCACAAAGUAUGGCAAGUAUUGGUGCUGGUGCUUUUGGUCACUUGAAGUUGAGGUGCUUGACUUGCUUAGUGCCAAAGAAAUUGCUGUGAGAGCUUGGGAUGAGACCCUCAACACCCAACCCGAGAACCUUAUUUGGAAUGUCAUGGGAAUGAUGAACAACUGCUGGUUUCGAGUGAAGACCAAUGUGGGCAAACCUCCCAAAGGAGAGAUUGGUAUAAUGUUUGAGCACCCGACCCAACCUGGAAACAAAACCGGUGGGUGGAUGAGAAACCGGAGAGGCUCAACAUAAACAUUACUAAAGGAGAGUGUCUCAUCUCGUUUACGGAUUCACGUAAAUUCAAUAGCUUUUAUCCUAUUAGUGUAUAUAAUAAGAAAUCUAUUAAGUAUUUAUAUUAACUUAAGAUCAUUAUAAAAACUCAUAAACUUCAAAUA